GAUUCUCUUCCACCUUUGCCCAACCCCAAAUUCACAUUCCGGUUGGCCUAACCCACAACGUCUCUUUCUAAUACUUCACAACAAAAAAGAAUCUUUCAAUCAGGCCACUCAUUAAAAGGCCCUUUAAACCAGUUAUAGCCAAAACUGGAUUCAAUAUUCCAAGUGUGGUCCUACCAAGGCAUUAUAAAGCGGUACUAACACUUCAUGUGAUCUUGAUUCUAUCUCUCUGUUAAUGCAGCCUAGAACGGUGUUGGCUUUUUUGGCAGCUGCAGCACACGGCUGGCUCCUAUUUAAGUGACUGUCCACUAGCACUCCAAAAUCUCUCUCACAGUCAGUACUAUUGAGCCAGGGGCCUCUACUCUGCCUGAUCUCAAGUGUGGUUCCUCCUGAAAUGUUACCACAAUAAUUUCAACCCAGUGGUGACUUUGAACCUCAUUUCUUCCCCAAUAAUAGAUGAGCAUUAUUGACAUACAAAGCUUAUGCUGAACAUGGGCCCCACAUAAGAGCACAAAUCAAGUUUUCCUUCACCAUCAAUAUGACAAAACUGCCUACUCAUCUUGAUGGAUUGUGUGCACAUUUUCCCUUUCUCCAACUUCUUGUGUAAGUUGAUGUUGCUCUACUCUGUGUGGGAUUUGGUUGUCUCCCCUUCCACCUCCUCACCAGAAUUCUUCAAACUCAUCCUCCGAGGUAGGCAUACUCCAGGAACUAUAAAUGCCUCACAUAAAUGCCUUCGCUAGACACAGUCGAUUCACACUGUCAUCAUGAUGUCUGCUAGAAUCCUUGUCCUGUGCCUCCUCUCUUCAGUCAUCUCAACAGUGGCAUCUUUGAAAUGCCAGACCUGUUUUGCCAGCGGGGAUAAAUGCCGAAAUGAGGACAUGCAGUUGGUGGAAUGUGGAACGGACGAAAAGUAUUGCCUUACAUUUUCCUUUCGUAGCACUAUGACCCCUUCUCCACUCUCCUUUACUGCCAAAUCAUGUGCAACAGUUGAGCAAUGUUCUAAUGCUUAUUAUGGCGUCACGUCAGUAGCUAGAAAAUACCUGCAGGCAAGAAUAGCAUGUUGUGAGAACGAUGGCUGUAAUACUGAACCUCUUCCCAUUCCAGGGCGUGACAUCCUUAAACCCAAUGGGCUUGUCUGCCCAAGCUCUUUCAAACAAAAUGGUGUUUCUGAAAUAAAUGGAUCCAUUCUCUGUCUCGGGGAUGAGGACCAAUGUUUCAAUACAAAAUUCAGUAUACGUGCAGGGUCAGCAUAUUUUUCAACAGUCAGUGCCCAGGGAUGUGCAAACAAGAAUUCAUGUUUCUACCCAAGAAGAAAGAUGGAAUUAGCAAAUGGAUUAAUCAUUUGUGACAUUGAAACACUAGAAUGCCAGAAUCCUGAGGGACUGGAAGGUUGAAGGGACUUUUCAAAAAUAUUUGGUCGGAGUUGAAAUUAAGGGCUUAAUGCAAACAGCAAUGAGAUUUUGAGAUGAAAGACACUCCAGUUUGAGAUUAAAGUAUAAGGUUUGAGUUGGUGAUGGGUGAUGCGAUUUAAUUACUACACUUCAAUAUUCUCGCUCACUGUGAGGUUGUUUCUUAACUUUCAAUUGUCAUGAAGCUGUAAUCAAAAUAAACUAAGAAUGCAAAUAAUCGAGUCUUCUGUAGUUCAUUCAAGCGAUUAAACAAGUGGCAGGAGAUAUUUAUUUUAAUACCUUUUUAUCUCAUCUCUAUUAUUUUUAUACAUAUAUAAUACUUCUUUCUCCUCCUGUUUUCCUCAUGACCACUACCGUAUGUGAGGUGGGUUGGGCUGAGAGAGAAGGCCUGGCCCAAAGUCACUCAGUCGGCUUUCAUGCUUAAGGCAGGACUGGAACUCACAAUCUCCUGGUUUCUAGGGUGGAAGUUGUCUCUCAUAGCAUCCAUUCUUAGGUAUUCAUAUCAAUAAUCUCUAGGAACUUUCCUUUGAAAGACCUCCUAUAGUUCACCCCUGGGAGCCAAGAGGGGGAUAAAGAUAUUUUACCCUGGAUAAUCUGGUAUGCUUAUUGAGAUAAUUUAUAUAGCUUCCAUUCUCUUAAUGUCUCUGGAUGCUUUACCAAUAUUAAUUAAAAAUUUGUUGGAGGUAGUAAUUUGUGUUAUACAAGAACUAGUAAAGCAAUUAAGUUAAAGCAAGUGAAAGAGGGGUGUCAUUGGAAAUAAGCUUAGAAUGGUCCCAGGGGUUCCAAAUGACAAAAAUAGUGGACCAGAGCAAUGCUGUGGAUAUAAUUUACUUGGACUUCAGUAAGGCAUUUGACAAAGUAGAUCACAACCUACUACUUGAUAAGAUAGAAAAAUGUGGGUUAGAAAGCAUCACCAACAGAUGUAUCCAUAGUUGGUUGACCGGCCGGACUCAGCGUGUGGUCCUCAAUAGAACUACAUCUACACGGAGGGAAGUCUGUAGUGGGGUGCCCCAAGGCUCUGUUCUGGGCCCAGUGCUCUUCCACAUCUUCAUAAAGGAUCUG